AUGGCCAACACGGUCCCUGACCUUGACGCCAUAGGUAUAAAAGCCGAAGCUCACCUCGCAGACCAAUUCCGCCGCGAAGUCGCACACCUCCUAGGCCGUUCCUCCCUUAAUUUCCCCGGCGCACAACCGGUUAGCUUCUCUUCGCGACACCUCCUCGAGCUACAAAAGGCGGACUACUAUGUUUGCGAAAAGACGGAUGGUAUACGUUGUCUCAUGUACUUUGCGCGCGGAGAGCCGGAUUCUGAGACGCCAGAGAUACAUUACCUGAUUGAUCGGAAGAAUGAAUAUCGCUACGUUCCCGGGCUGCACUUCCCCAUGCCGGAUGACGAGACGUUUCAAAGCUUUCAUGUGGAUACGAUCGUGGAUGGGGAGCUGGUGAAUGAUAUAUAUGAGGAUGGGACGGAGCAGAUGAAAUUUUACGUUUUUGACUGUCUAGUACUAGACGGGACGAGUUUGAUGCACCGGACGUUGGAUAAACGGCUGGCGUAUUUUAAAGAGAAGGUUUUGAAGCCAUACAAUGCGAUGUAUAAGAAGUUUCCGGAGGAGAAGCAACACCGGGCGUUCGCGGUGGAGGAUAAGUCAACGCAAUUUAGUUAUGGAAUCGAGAUGAUGUUUCGGGAUAUUCUACCAAAGGUCAAGAAGAUCCACGGAAACGACGGGCUAAUAUUCACAUGUCGAAGCACACCGUACAAGAUUGGCACGGACGAACAUAUUUUGAAAUGGAAGCCGCCCGAAGAAAACAGCAUCGAUUUCCGCAUGCGCUUGGAGUUCCCAGUAGUAGAUCUGGACUCUGAUGAUGAGGCAGAUGGGGUCGCGGAGCCAUACCCAGACUACGACGCCAUGCCAACCUGCCAUCUUUUUGUUCUCUACCGGCAGAACGACUACCGGCAUUUUGGCCUCAUGCACCUCGAAGAAUCCGAGUGGGAAGACCUCAAAGCCCUACACAAACCCCUCGAUGAUACGAUCGUCGAGUGCUACCGCGACGAACACGGGCGCUGGCGCUUGAUGCGAUUCCGUGAUGACAAAACGGACGCCAACCAUAUUUCAACAGUCGAAAAGGUCCUGGAGAGUAUCGAGGAUCGGGUGACGGAGGAGGACUUGAUUCGCGCUGCGCCAGUGAUCAAGACUGCGUGGAAGAGGCGGCAGGCGGAAGAAGAAGCGGCCAGGAGGAGGCCAAAUGGAACUGCUCACCCUGCUAUCAAUGGGGUGAAGAGGAAACAUGAAGACUGA